AUGGGAGACAGGCUGCCGGAGCCUCACGCCAGCUCUUCCCCUGCUGUGGCUGCCAGCGCGGAGGCGGAAGAAAUCGAGGUGCUGGACUCCGAGGAUGUCCUACCUAUGGCCGCGGAGGAUCACUGGAAAGCCCUGUUUGAUCAGAGAGCUAGCUGUUCCUGCAGGCAGGCACUAAAGCCAGAGGAGAGCAGCUGGGAUGGAGCAGAAGUCAGGAAGCAGGCUGCAAUGUUCGACCCUGACAACACCGGCUACAUCAGCACCGACAAGUUCCGCUCCCUCCUCCAGAGGCACGGCUCGGAGCUCGAUCCCCACAAGCUGGAGGUGCUGCUGGCCCUGGCUGACAGCAACUCUGAGGGCAGGAUCUGCUACCAGGACUUCGUCAACCUGAUGAGCAACAAGAGGUCGAACAGCUUCCGCCAGGCCAUCCUGCAGGGGAACAGGAGGCUGUGCAGCAAGGCCCUGCUGGAGGAGACGGGGCUGAGCCUCUCGCAGAGGCUGAUCCGCCACGUGGCCUACGAGACCCUGCCACGCGAGAUCGACCGCAAGUGGUACUACGACAGCUACACCUGCUGCCCCCCGCCCUGGUUCAUGAUCACCAUCACCAUUGUGGAGGUUGCCUUUUUCCUUUACAAUGGAGUGGUGUUGGACAGAUUUGUGCUGCAGGUCAGCCACCCCCUGUACCUGAAGAAUGCACUGCUGUACCAUCCCCAGCUCCGUGCUCAGGCUUGGAGGUACCUAACCUACAUAUUCAUGCAUGCAGGGAUAGAACACCUUGGCCUCAAUGUUGUGCUGCAGCUGUUGGUCGGGGUUCCCCUGGAAAUGGUGCACGGGGCCGCCAGGAUCAGCUUCGUGUACGUGGCGGGAGUUGUGGCAGGGUCGCUGGCAGUGUCGGUGGCUGACAUGAGGGCGCCGGUGGUGGGCUCCUCUGGAGGUGUGUAUGCUCUUGUCUCCGCUCACUUGGCCAAUAUAGUGAUGAACUGGUCGGGGAUGAAGUGCCAGUUCAAGCUGCUGAGGAUGGCUGUCGCCCUCAUCUGCAUGAGCUUUGAGUUCGGGAGAGCCGUGUGGCUGCGGUUCCACCCCUCGGCGUACCCGCCCUGCCCCCACCCCAGCUUCAUGGCCCACCUGGGAGGGGUCAUGGUGGGCAUCACCCUGGGAGUCGUCAUCCUCAGGAACUAUGAGCAGAGACUCCAAGAUCAGACUUUGUGGUGGAUCUUCCUUUCUAUUUAUGUCAUUUUUGUCUUGUUUGCCAUCUUCUGGAACAUUUUUGCCUACAGCCUGCUGGAUCUAAAGCUACCUCCCCCUCCCUGAAAGCACGGGACAGACAACUGGAGAGCGGAAAUCAUCUGUCAGCUGCGUGGCAUGAAUGGAGAUGGAGGAUCUAUUUUUGUGUUUAACUUAGGGGAGGAUGAUUCUUCUCAACACAAGUGUGUGCUCGGAGGAGGUGCUUAAGGAUCUCGUG